AUGCACAUGAUCCACGGCAAUGUUGACAUGGUGCAGUACCUCGCAACAUGGCUGGGCAUGCACGCGCGGUCCGCCCCUCCCGCCCGCCACCAGUCCUGGGGCUGUGCCAUCCUCUCGCGCUUCCCCCUCCUCUCCGCCUCGCCCUCCCAGUCCCUCCCCUCCCCUCAUGGCGAGCUCGCCUGCUUUCAGCACGCAGUGAUUCUCCUAGGCGCUGGUAACAUGCUUCCCGGAGGUGGUAACAUGGUUACCAACAGGGGCGCAGCUGGGUGGGGUAACCAGACGAGUGGGGUCGUGUCUGGUUACCCUGUUCACAUCAUGAACGCGCAUUUCAGCGAUCUUGAGGUGGAUAUUCGGUUGGAGGCUGAGCGGGCGGCGUCGCUUGUCCGUAGUGUGCUGCAGGCGGGAAAGGGCGGGGAGCAUGGAGACUUCAAUCUUCCCCCGCUCUCUCCGCCCUACCUCACUCUCCUCGCCCCGGGUCUCGUAGACUCAGAGGCUGAGAGGAUGGGCGCGUGGAAGAGCAUGGGGGACCGGGACCCGGGGGCAGGGUAUGUGUUUGUGUCGCGGGGGAACGUGGAGUGUGAGGCGUGGGCAGAGCCGAGGUAUGACCAGAGGAAGACGUCUGAUGGGUACCCUGUUGUGGUGGAUGUGAGGGUCACUCUCCCUGCUGCUGCUGUGUGA